UUAUUUGCACUUUCUAAGAUGAAUCAGUGAAAAUAGGUACACCUUACAAUUGUUUUUGGCGAAACAAAUGUUUAUAAUGUGACACUGUAGCAGUACAGUUUGCAUUUAUGAUUUAGAUUUACAAUAAGUAGAAUUAUAACCGAGUAUUUAAUUUUGGCACUUCAAGAAUUUUGGCUUGUAUUAGCAGCACAGUGGGUAUUUGUGUGUUUUUGUAAAUAUAUCUACGUUUACUUACUUGUUCAUCAAGAAAACGUAAAUAAAGUUUUGAUUAUCACACAUGUAUACCCAUGUACAUGAGCAAAUUAAAGUAAUUAGCAAGUGUCCAAGCUGUUUAAUUUUGGUGCUCUCUAUCAAGCCGUUGAUCAAGAUGAUCAAUGUUUUGCACAAUGAGGAAUAAAAUGCCACAGUUUCGUCGUAAGAAAUCAACAAAGUCGUUUCCUGUUAAAGUUUGCACCUUGGAUGCUGAGCUUGAAUUCAAUUUAGAGUGGCGGGCUACUGGAAGGGAUUUAUUUGACCUGGUGUGUCGUACCAUUGGACUACGAGAAACAUGGUAUUUUGGUCUCCAGUACGAAGAUUCGAAAGGCUUCAUAUCAUGGCUAAAAUUGGACAAAAAAGUGCAAGAUCAAGGUAUUUCACAACAAUCGACAACUCCGUUUAUGUUCCUUGCCAAAUUUUAUCCAGAAGAUGUUGCAGAAGAGCUUGUACAAGAAGUGACACAACACCUUUUUUAUCUCCAGGUUAAACAAGCUAUACUUUCGAUGGAUAUUUACUGUCCCCCGGAAGCUUCUGUUUUGUUGGCUUCGUAUGCUGUUCAAGCAAAGUAUGGAGACUAUGAUGAGGCAUCAUAUCAACCAGGAAUGCUGGCUAGUGAAGACUUGCUGCCACAAAGAGUUAUCGAUCAAUAUCAAAUGACGCCUGAAAUGUGGGAAGACAGAAUUAAAAUUUGGUAUGCUGAUCAUAAAAACAUGUCUAGGGACGAAGCGGAAAUAGAAUAUCUAAAAGUGGCACAAGAUUUGGACAUGUAUGGCGUUAACUAUUUUCCUAUAAGUAAUAAAAAAGAAACCAACUUGUGGCUUGGAGUGACUGCUCUGGGAUUGAACAUUUACGAAAAGGAAAACAAACUGACACCAAAGACAACGUUUGCGUGGUCGGAGAUACGGCACAUAAGCUUUGACGACAAAAAGUUCAUCAUUAAGCCCGUGGACAAGUCGUCGCCGAAUUUCGUCUUCUUCUCGCAGAAAGUUCGCAUGAACAAACUGGUAAAAAAUAAGUCUAAUGUUGGGCGCUGGGUGAAGGGUGGCUUACAGGUAGCUUUAGGUUUGGACGAAUGUAAUAGUGAAAAGGCCAUUCGCGCCUCAUUUGUUAAGAUCCUAGACUUGUGCAUCGGCAACCAUGAUCUGUUUAUGAGACGCCGGAAGCCCGACUCCAUGGAGGUCCAGCAAAUGAAGGCUCAAGCCAAGGAAGAAAAAUCUCGGAGACUUAUUGAAAGAACAAAACUGCAAAGAGAAAAACAGCUUAGAGAAGCUGCCGAAAGAGAAAAAGCUGCUAUGGAGCAAAGGCUCAUGCAAUACCAAGAAGAAAUAAGGCUUGCAAAUGAAGCUCUAAGACGAUCAGAGGAAACUGCUGAUUUACUAGCGGAAAAAAGUCGUGUCGCAGAAGAGGAAGCCAUGCUGUUGAGUCAAAAAGCUUCAGAGGCCGAGCAAGAAAUAACGCGUAUUCGGUUGAAUAAUAUGAAAACUGAAGAAGAAAAAGUUCAUUUAGAGCAAAAAACUAGGGAUGCUGUUCGCCUCACGGAAAUGUUGGUCCAAGAAUCCGAGAAACGCGCUCUCGAAGAAAAAAAACUUAAAGACGAGCUUUUACGAGCGCGUAUAGCUGAAAAAGAAGCUAAAGAAAAACUUCUCGAAUUUUUGAGCAGAAAUUCUUAUACGUCGCCUAUAACACCCGUGCCAAAUCUCUUUCCAUCCACGCAAGUUCUUCAUACAGAUCUUCAAAGUGAUUUACACAACCUUCAAUUAGAAUCGGAACCAUUAUCACCCGGGGUUAAUUGUUACGAUUUGAUUGCGGAUAGUGACGUUGAUCAGCUUUCUAUUGAAAUUGAAAAAGAAAGAGUUGAUUACUGGGAGAAAAGUAAAAAUUUACAGGAACAAUUGCGGGAGCUUCGAACCGAAAUAGAAGUACUGAAAGUAGAUGAGAAACAGUGCGAAUUAGAUCAGCUGCAUGAAGAACAAGUGAGACUUGGCGAAAAUAAAUAUAGUACUUUGAAAAAAGUUAAGUCAGGCUCGACGAAAGCACGAGUUGCCUUUUUUGAGGAAUUGUAGUCUUAAUACAAUAACUUUUGCAAAUAGCGAAAUUUUCGUGUUUUAUAGCAGUAUCUAUUUUUUAAUAACAUGAACAAUGUGCUAUUUAAGUGAUUAUUUAACUCUGUAUUAUAGAUGUAGAAUUAUAGUUAUGCAUGACUUCGAAAUAUCACGACAAUGACAAAAAAGCAGUGAUUUAGGCUGUGCUGACGUCACUACGCAUAUAAUUAAAUACGCACAUGAAAACUGCUACUAAAAAUUGUCGUGCCGAUGUAUUAAUUAAUUUUACGGUUUUAUUUAAUUUUAACUAGAAACCUAUACUUUCAACAACCCAAGUUAUUGCUUAAUGGUGCAAAAGUACGCCGGUGAAUAUUAAUCAAUAUUUGAUUGUGCAAACGAAAUUCUGAAAAAUUCGAUAUUCCACAAAAUAAUUUUUAUACAUUUUAAAUGUAAACGUUUUAUACAUUGGAAAGAUGAAAAUAAGAUAAAGUGCCUUAUAUUUUAUAAUUAUAUUCAUGUUAAAAUAAAGAUUAUUCA